GAGGGAAGGGAGCCGGCGGCGGAGCCGGGCGGGUGCGAGGCGAGGCCAGGCGUGCAGGCGGGAGCCAGCGUGCAGAGCCGUGGCUGGUCCUGCUCCCGCCUCGGAGCCCCUGGCCCGGGGGAGGGGAGAGGCGGCUAGCCCGGUCUAUGUCUUUUUCUGACUCCAGUGCAACCUUCCUGCUGAACGAGGGUUCAGCCGACUCCUACACCAGCCGCCCGUCUCUGGACUCCGACGUCUCGCUGGAGGAGGACCGGGAGAGUGCCCGGCGCGAAGUGGAGAGCCAGGCUCAGCAGCAGCUGGAAAGAGCCAAGCACAAACCCGUGGCGUUUGCUGUGAGGACCAAUGUCAGCUACUGCGGCGUGCUGGAUGAGGAGUGCCCGGUCCAGGGCUCGGGAGUCAACUUUGAGGCCAAAGACUUUCUGCACAUUAAAGAGAAGUACAGCAAUGACUGGUGGAUCGGGCGGCUAGUGAAGGAGGGCGGGGACAUCGCCUUCAUCCCCAGCCCCCAGCGCUUGGAGAGCAUCCGGCUCAAGCAGGAACAGAAGGCCAGGAGAUCCGGCAACCCUUCCAGCCUGAGUGACAUUGGCAACCGCCGCUCCCCUCCUCCGUCACUAGCCAAGCAGAAGCAGAAGCAGGCGGAACAUGUUCCCCCCUACGACGUGGUGCCCUCCAUGCGGCCCGUGGUGCUCGUGGGACCCUCUCUGAAAGGCUAUGAGGUCACCGACAUGAUGCAGAAGGCUCUCUUCGACUUCCUCAAACAUCGGUUUGACGGCAGGAUCUCUAUUACCCGCGUCACUGCUGACCUCUCCCUGGCGAAGCGAUCCGUGCUCAACAACCCUGGCAAACGGACCAUCAUCGAGCGCUCCUCUGCCCGCUCCAGCAUCGCUGAAGUGCAGAGUGAAAUUGAGCGUAUAUUCGAGUUGGCCAAAUCCCUGCAGUUGGUAGUGUUGGACGCGGACACCAUCAACCACCCAGCCCAGCUGGCCAAGACCUCGCUGGCUCCCAUCAUCGUCUUCGUCAAAGUCUCUUCGCCCAAGGUACUGCAGCGGCUCAUCCGCUCCCGGGGGAAGUCCCAGAUGAAACACCUGACCGUACAGAUGAUGGCGUACGACAAGCUGGUGCAGUGUCCACCCGAGUCAUUUGAUGUCAUCCUGGACGAGAACCAGCUGGAGGAUGCCUGCGAGCACUUGGCCGAAUACCUGGAGGUGUACUGGCGAGCCACCCACCACCCAGCCCCUGGUCCUGGGCUUCUGGGCCCACCCAGUGCCAUCCCUGGACUCCAGAACCAGCAGCUGUUGGCAGAGCGUGGCGAGGAGCACUCGCCCCUCGAGCGGGACAGCUUGAUGCCCUCGGACGAGGCCAGCGAGAGCUCCCGCCAAGCGUGGACGGGAUCCUCACGCCGCAGUUCUCGCCACCUGGAGGAGGACUAUGCGGAUGCCUACCAGGACCUGUACCAGCCUCAUCGACAGCACACCUCGGGGCUGCCUAGCGCCAACGGGCAUGACCCCCAGGACCGGCUCCUAGCCCAGAACUCGGAGCACAGCCACAAUGACCGGAACUGGCAGCGGAACCGGCCUUGGCCCAAAGACAGCUACUGAUGGCCUCCUGCUGUACCACCCUAUUGGGCAUAGGCACAGCUGGCCGGGGCACCCCACUCCAGGCAGGCCGGAACUAGACUGGCAUUAGGCUGGCUCUAGGCUCAGCCCUCACGAACCCCUGCCCAGCCCCAGCUUCAGGGCUACUUAGGAAAAGCAGGGGGCCCCCUCUCACCUACUGGGCACAGUGACCCCCUAGGCUCCCAUUCCAGGUACUAGCUGUGUGUCCUGCACCCCUGGCACCUUCCUCUCCUGCACAAGCUGCUGCCCCUCUGGGCAGCGCCCUCAGGCCAGGAUCUCCUUAGCAGAGGCCUUCCCACCAGACUCAGGGAAGGGAGCCGCCUCCACACGAGAAGAGGCUGGGUGUGGGCACCACGGCAUGAGGAAGCAGUAUGGUCUUGGGCAGUUGCAAGUCCGAACAGUCGAGGGACUUGGGGGGUUGGGCUUCAGGGUCCGAAGGCCUGCACUCCCCUCACUGCCACACAUAAGAAAUGAGACAAUCAAAGCCAGUUGGGUGGUACUCCCACCAGUUGGGCUGGGGCACCCACCUGCCAGGCUGGAGCAGCAGGCAGGCUAGGCCGAGGCCUGAGAGAUCAUAGCAAUUCGGAGGAAAGGCCUCUCCUCCCCCUGCCAGGAGGCUUCCCAGCAUGACGGGGCCAGGAGUGAAGCAGUGGGGUCAGGUCGGAGGCCCACCUGGUUUUGGGUUCAGGGCGGGUGGGCGGACGGGCUCGUGGAGCAGAAAACACGAAGCGCCGUGGGGGCCUCCCUGCCAUCCGCAUUCUCUUGCCCUUGCAUCCUGUCAUUUCUGUUCUUGCCCUUCAUGCCUCCUGAAAGGUAGGGGCUCCAGGCUUUCCUCCCCGACUCCUAGCUGCUGCUUGUUAGGUUAGGGCCACACGAGGAGAGCUGGGACAUGGUGGAUAGCCCAGCACGGUUCUGUCUACCCAGUUAAACCCUUACAUUCCGGCUCUCAUGUAUGACCUUCAGAGCAUGCUCCACAAGACCCUGCCCGACCUCGCUGUCAUUGUGAAUAAAACACCACGCA